UUCAGCUCAGUAAGUGAGCGACGCGGCGUGGUCUUCGUGUGGGCUGUGGGAUCUGCUUCCCCAUCCUCGCGCUAUAAAUACGUAAGCUCCCUUGCGUCGAUGGAAGCAGGCGGUGAGGCGCAAAGCAGCAUAAGAAAGCCAUCCUUGUUGGAGAUAAAGCAGUGACUUUGUAGGUUUCCUCUGCAACUUCUGCGAGGCUUUGGCGGUACUACCCGAAAAGAUGAGAGUUUUUAGCCUCGAGAACGUGAUAGACGAAUUCGAAGCGCUCACGAAGGACGCUGGUCGGCUCCAGAGAGCAACCCUCCGAAAGAUUCUCGAACAAAAUGCUGAAGCAGAGUACUUGCAGAACUUAGGCCUCGGAGGAAGAACCGACCCCGAGAGCUUCAAGGCCUGUAUCCCUUUGGUCACUCACAGCGACUUGGAGCCUUACAUCCGGAGGAUUGUCGAUGGGGACACUUCUCCCAUUCUCACGGGGAAGCCUAUAACUUCGAUUUCGCUCAGUUCUGGGACGACGCAAGGGAAACCCAAGUAUUUGGCGUUCAACGACGAGCUCGUUCAUUCCACGAUGCAGAUAUAUCGGACUUCAUUCGCGUUCAGAAACAAAGAGUAUCCAGUCGGCAAUGGAAAAGCUCUGCAGUUCAUUUACAGCAGCAAGCAGGUAAAAACCAAAGGCGGACUCACUGCCACAACAGCGACGACCAAUGUCUACCGAAGCGAACAGUUCAAGCGCACGAUGAAGGACAUCCAAUCUCAAUGUUGCAGUCCCGACGAAGUCAUAUUUGGUCCAGACUUCCAGCAGUCCUUGUAUUGCCACCUCCUGUGUGGGCUGAUCUACUCGGACGACGUGCAGAUCAUAUCCUCCACCUUUGCACACAGCAUAGUUCAUGCUUUUCGAACAUUUGAGCAGGUGUGGGAGGAACUUUGCACGGACAUCAGAGGAGGAGUUCUGUCGAGCAGAAUCACUGUUCCAUCCAUACGUGCAGCUGUUUCUAAGCUUUUAAGCCCCAAUCCUGCCCUGGCAGACUCCAUACACAGCAAGUGUUUGAGAUUAAGCAACUGGUAUGGUGUGAUCCCAGAGCUUUGGCCAAAUGCCAAGUAUGUCUAUGGAAUUAUGACUGGAUCUAUGGAGCCAUACUUGAAGAAGCUUAGGCAUUAUGCAGGAAGCCUACCCCUCAUGAGUGCUGACUAUGGGUCCUCAGAAGGAUGGAUUGGUGCCAAUGUCAAUCCUAGUCUACCUCCUGAGUCGGCUACCUUCGCGGUACUUCCCAACAUCGGCUACUUCGAGUUCAUCCCUUUGCAGAAACCUGAGGGGCAAGAGCUGGAGCACUGUGUCUCGACCAUUCACUAUAUUGAAGCUGAACCAGUUGGCCUGACCGAAGUCGAAGUCGGCAAAGAGUAUGAAAUUGUUGUUACCAAUUUUGCAGGUUUAUAUCGGUACAGAUUGGGAGACAUAGUAAGGAUCGCCGGGUUUCACAACUCCACACCAGAGCUUCAAUUCGUGUGCAGAAGAAGCCUAGUGCUGAGCAUCAACAUCGACAAGAACACCGAGAAAGAUCUGCAGUUGGCGGUGGAAGCAGCAGCCAAGCUGUUGGCCGAAGAAAAGCUGGAGGUGGUGGACUUCACCAGCCAUGUGGACACCACGACGGAGCCCGGACACUACGUGAUCUUCUGGGAGUUGUGCUCGGACGCCACCGACGAGGUUCUCCGCAGCUGCUGCAGCUGCUUGGACCUGUCCUUCCUCGACGCCGGCUACGUCGGAUCCCGAAAGGUGGGUGCCAUCGGACCUCUUGAGCUUCGUGUGGUGCGCAAGGGAACGUUCCAAAAGAUCUUAGACCAUUACCUCGGCCUUGGGGCUGCCGUGAGCCAGUUCAAGACGCCGCGCUGUGUCGGCGUGUCGAACAGCAUGGUCUUGCAGAUCCUGUGCAGGAAUGUCACGGGGUGUUACUUUAGUACUGCUUAUGGCACGUAGAACUCUAAUUCCCAUCCUGUAAUGCGAAUUAUGUUUCUGUAAUCCUGUUGGCUUCCUUAACAUAGAUCUACUGCUUAUGUUGAUGUAA